GAGUCUUAUCAAAGACCAUCAAUAUUUCAUUAAACGUUCACCCAAUACUUUGAUUUUGGUCAAUCACACAAUUGACGAAAUUCCGUCUGAUAUUCCAGUACCCGAUGGCUCUUGGUCUAUAGAUUCAUUACAUGUAUAUCUUUCCUAACUAAUUAAUAUCUUCAAUUAAUGCAUAUCAUCGAAUCACCUGCGGACAUUCAAAAGCGCUUGGCAACUCAAAGACUAUUUCCAAUAGUACGCAACAUUGACACUCAAGAUGCCUACACAGUCAUGUGAAGAAACUUCACUGUCAAAGAUUCCAUCUCAAUCCUUCAAUACCAAGACACAAAUCUUCCUUCUAGAUUUACCCGAAGAGAUUCAAUCGUCGAUCUACAGGUUUAGCAUCACCAGAAGCGAGCCUCUGAUUGUAGCCAAGAAGCAUGAAACUUCUACAAGAUUUGUUACCGAGAUUAACCUAUUGCUCCGCCUUGAUCAUUUAUACUUCUACAGAUAUGACAUGUGCCAAUCUCUCCCAGAGUUGAUUACAUUCACAAGUCUAUCACUGGUUUGCCGAAAAACCCAUCGAAUAGUUGCUGGCAAUAGACUAGUCUUCAAAUCGAAUCAUUUUGAUGUGCGCGAUGUCGACUUUUUUUCUCGCAUUGGAAAAUACAACACAGCCGGUAUUGCAUCUAUAACAUUCCGAUGGAUUGAUAGCCUGGGAGAUGAGACUGAGGAGAGGUACUUACGUCAAAUUCGAGCAGAGUGUCCAAACUUAGAGCAUCUUCGGCUACUGUCCUCGGAGAGUUUCUUUGGGAAGCCUGAAAAGCCUACCGGGGACUCUCCUGAGCCUUAUCGUUGCAGAAUCCCAAUCAAGGUCACUGGCGAGUUAUUUGCUUUCCGGGGUCUCAAGUCAUUUGAAUAUAAAUUUGAUACAUUGGAACGAAGAUUUAGGGUAUGGCUUGCGAUCCAAAUCCAGAAGUUUUGGUCUGAGGCAUAUUCAGCUUGCAUAUUUCCCGAUCAGGAACACAUAUCCAAUGGUCAAAUCAAUCUUAUAGUUCUUCAAAGCUCGCGAUUUAGGAAUCAACACGAGUUUCUUCAUCGCCAGACACUUCAGAAGUCACUCUCGACAUACGUUGAAAGUCUGGUGAAAUUGCCACGGAACAAAGAAUUCGAUAAAAUGGAAAUCGCAACUCCGGUAACACAUUACUUGGAAUUCGAUGCAAAGCCAAUAAUCAGAGAAGUGUGUGACAAUGUCCGAACGGCAUUAAUCGAAUUUGGAGAAUCGAUUAAAAAAUGAUCCACUCUUUAGUGUUUGGUCAGUGGGUAAUGAAGUGGACUCGCUGAUCUGUAGUAUCACAUGGAUCUAGUGAGCAUUUUGAUGCUCGAUUCAGCAAACUUGGAAACUCAACAUAUUCGUAAGAUGACACAUGCGACAAAAUACGGUUCUUCUGAGGGGAAAAGAAUUUUUGUUUUAAGGUCUGGAAGAGUUUAGAGGGGUGAUGAUUACUUGAACACGGAGAAAAAAGAAACGCAUAUUCCCCCUUUAGUUUAAUGCGGGUGGUGUGCGAGCUCUGGGGUUUUGGGCUCUCUUUGCCUCCAUUGAGCUGAUCAGAGGGAUUGUCUUGAACUCUCAAGCCGGAUUCCUAGCUUGUUAUUCUAUUUCUCUAGAGAAAUUGAGGUUUUGUCUCUUUCCGUUUGGAAGUUUAUAUGGAGGAGGAGGAAGUAAGUGUCUUUUUUUGAGCCUUCGUGGUAGAAACGACUGAUAGCUUUAAUUUUGAUAAUUAUUCGCAAUACA